AUGCUCCCUGUGUCACCAAUCGGGCUCAGCCCGCGUCGCCAACGAAAGCCUAAGGAGAGCUCAGUCCGACCUCCACAUCCUCUCACGAUUGACACUACAGACGUGUUCCAAGGCCCCGAGGACGACGCAGACGAUGAGCAGGAGCACGAAUGGGGUAUAAUUGACCGCAUGCGCCUCUGGCGACACGAUGCCAUGAUGCAGCAUCUCUACGAGACCGCGGCUUUUUGGGGGGACAAAAUCCUAAGCUGGACGAACGACCCAAACGACGCGUUUUGGCUCGCGCAGACGUAUUUCCAGAUCCAUCAGUAUGCCAGGGCAGAGAGGCUGCUCACGCGCCCGUUUCCUGUUCCUGCCAUGAUGGUCACGCUACCAUCGUCGGGGCCGCCCAAUGGAAAUACCUCUUUUCUUCAGCUCGAUUCCGACAGACCGUCGACUUCUUCAGUACGUUUGCCCAUGGGCCCAGGCACCUUGUUGGGAAAAGCUGAUGAUACGCGUCCUGGAGUUGGAAUGUCGAGGCUGGUAGAUUUGAGUGUUGCCUGUCGGUACCUUGCUGCUCAGUGUAUGGUGAGGCAAGGUAAUUGGAAUGCCGCGACAGAAAUUCUAGGCGAGGCAAACCCUUUCCGUGAUUCAGGCAACCAUGCAGCGAAAAGCGGCCCGUCAAUACCGAAUAUCGAUGGUGGCAUCAAGAUUGAAGCGUCGAUGUGCCAUCUUCGUGGAAUUGUUAUGCAGAAAAUAGGACGCGUCGACCAAGCAAAAGAAUGCUUCAUGGAAGCCCUCGGCCUCGAUGUGAAAUGCUAUGAAUCCUUCGAAAAGCUUGUCAGUACUGAAAUGAUGACUUCAGAUGAAGAGUGGGAGUUCGUGCAGUCCCUCCCAUAUCAGGUGCAGACCCCAAAGGAUGCAGAGUUCGUUCAACUUAUGUAUACGACUCGUCUACGCAAGUACAAGCAUGCGGAGGAGCAUGCACUCACGCGCCAAAAACUUGUAGAACAGUAUCACCUGGGUGACAACCCAGACGUCUUGUUUAGCUUCGCCGACUCCCUAUAUCUCUCGUUUAGAUGGCACGACUGUUUCACAAUCACAUCACGGAUUCUGAGUCUGAUUUCUAUUCACGACCAUACUUUGCCUUUACACAUUGCGUGCAUGUUUCACAUAAAUCACUUGCACUCUAAGCUCUUCCUUCUGGCACACGACAUGGUGGAUAGAGAGCCUGAUAAUCCUUUGAGCUGGUACGCAGUCGGAGUAUGGUACCUCGGCAAUAAAAAAUGGUCGACGGCUAGACAAUAUUUUGGGAAAGCGAAUUUGUUGGAUCCGAGAUUCGCACCCGCGUGGGUAGCUUUUGCACAUACCUUUGCGUAUGAGGAUGAGCACGACCAUGCAAUCACUGCUUACUCUACGUGCGCGCGGAUGUUUACGGGCACCCAUCUGCCUUUAAUGUUCAUCGGCAUGGAACAUCUGACAUUAUCCAAUAUCAGCUUGGCGGAGGAGUCUCUGUCCGCUGCAAGGCACAUGUGUGAUACCGACCCUUUGCUGAUAAACGAGCUGGGUGUGCUGGCGUUCAGUCAGGGGAAGUAUGAUGAUGCCGCCGGUCUAUUCCAGCAGGCCUUGAAGCUUGCCGAAGUGACACAGGGUUCCCGUAUCAAUUGGAUAUCUACCUAUCUGAAUCUGGGGACUGCUUAUCGUAAACUAAGGCGUUUCAAUGAUGCCAAAGUGGCGUAUCAACAGGUACUCGAUUUGGAUCCUCACAAUUCAGUCGCUUUGGGAUUCAUGGGCAUGGUACACCAUCUCCUUGGCAAUGUCGACAAAGCCAUCGAGAUCUAUCACGAAUCCCUCAGCAUUGACCCGGUGAACCAUCAAGUCCUUGAGCUUCUUGGCAUGGCUCUGGAGGCGACCACGGCAGGAGGUCCGAAGAUGUCUGAUGAGGAAUGGAAAAGCAUGCUCAAAUCCAUGACGGAGAAAUAUUCCAGUAGCAGUCAUUCUCAGAAAGGCAAGGAACGAGAGCGGCCUGACGUGCCCUCAGACAUUAUUCCAGAGGAUGAUAUGAAUGUGGGAUAG